UGGCUAUAUUUAUCUCUGGUUCCAUGCCAGCGGGGAGGGUUUAAAUGGCACCCAGCAGUUGGCGUGAGGGGCUGCAGGAGCUUGGGGGCUGGUGGCAGGAACAAGCCUCUUCCGACCCCAUGGAGCUGUAUGAGACGCCCCCCUACUUCUACCAGGAGCCCCACUUCUACGACGGGGAGAACUACCUGCCCGUCCAUCUCCAAGGCUUUGAGCCGCCAGGCUACGAGCGGACUGAGCUCAGCCUGAGCCCCGAGGCCCGGGGGCCCCUCGAAGACAAGGGGCUGGGAACCCCCGAGCAUUGCCCGGGCCAGUGCCUGCCCUGGGCGUGUAAGGUGUGCAAGAGGAAGUCGGUGUCCGUGGACCGGCGGCGGGCGGCCACCCUGAGAGAGAAGCGCAGGCUGAAGAAAGUGAACGAGGCCUUCGAGGCCCUGAAGAGGAGCACCCUGCUGAACCCCAACCAGCGGCUGCCCAAGGUGGAGAUUCUGCGCAGUGCCAUUCAGUACAUUGAGCGCCUGCAGGCCCUGCUCAGCUCCCUCAACCAGGAGGAGCGGGGUUUGCGCUACCGCGGCGGGGGCGGUCCCCAAGCAGGGGUACCCAGUGAAUGCAGCUCCCACAGCGCCUCCUGCAGUCCAGAGUGGGGCAGCGCCCUGGAGUUCGGCCCCAACCCAGCGGACCAUCUGCUCACAGCUGACCCUACGGACACCCACAACCUGCACUCGCUCACCUCCAUCGUGGACAGCAUCACCAUGGAGGACGUCUCUGUGGCCUUCCCAGAUGAAACCAUGCCCAACUGAGGCUGUCUGCCGGGCCGGCGUCCAGGGGGCCCACAGGCUGUCCACAGAUGCCGCCACUUCUGCAGAGGGCCCGCCUAAGCCAGGCUGUCCUGAUUCCAGAAAGCCAGCCUGUCCCCCUCCUCACCCGUAGGUUAAUCCACCACCCAGAGAGGGAAUGGGUGCUCUCAUUUAGCUGACUGCUCAGAGCACGGGCCAUCCCCGUUCCAGGGAGAUAAAGCAGGGGACCAGAGCACCCCGCGUGUGCCCCGGCUCAGGGGCAAACUCAGGAGCCUCCCUUUGAUUAUAGCGCAGCCUUCAACUCCACCCUGAACUUCCUGUCCGUGCCUCCUCCUGAUGCCAGUGGCCGGGCUGGGCCCGCCCUAAAUUGGGAGAGAAGAAAGGGACAGUCCUCUGUUCCCAAGUCCCUGGGGGGCCAAGAUUCUGCAGUGAAUACUGGGAACCUUCCAGUGGGUUUAUGUUUUGUUUGUUUUGUGUGUUGUUUGUGAAGCUGCCAUCUGACCAAGUGUCCUGAGCAAAGUUGCCAGGGACAGGCAGGGGUGGGGGGCAGGGGCUCUUGGGGUGAUUUCCUUGGAUAACUAAAGCAUCGUGUGGUUUUGCUAUUGUUUUGUAAUUUUUUGCUAACUUAUUUGGAUUUCCUUUUUUAAAAAAUGAAUAAAGACUGGGUGCUAGAUGUCCGUGAU